UCCAAACUUUCUCUAUGUUAAUUCAACCAUAAUCAAAUUAUUAAACUUCUUACUGUUGGAUGCCAAGAGGGAAUGCAAGCAGAGAGGGAAUCCGGCACAGGGCAACAAGCAAAGAGCAAGUCCGACACAGUGCAGCAAGCAGAGAGCAAGUCCGGCGCAGUGCAGCAAGCAGAGAGCAAGUCCAGCGCAGUGCAGCAAGCAGAGAGCAAGUCCGGUGCAGUGCAGCAAGCAGAGAGGGGUCCAGCACAGUGCAGCAAGCAGAGAGGGGUCCAGCACAGUGCAGUAAGCAGAGAGCAAGUCCGGCACAAGCAGCAAGUUCGGCGCAAUGCAGCAAGCAGAGAGGGGUCCGGCAUAGUGCAGCAAGCAGAGAGCAAGUUCGGCACAGGCAGCAAGUCAGGCACAGUGCAGCAAGCAGAGAGCAAGUUCGGCACAGGCAGCAAGUCAGGCACAGUGCAGCAAGCAGAGAGCAAGUUCGGCACAGGCAGCAAGUCCGGCACAGUGUUGCAAGGAGAGAGCAAGUUCGGCACAGUGCAGCAAGCAGAGAGGGAGUCCGGCACAGGCAGCAAGUCCGGCACAGUGCAGCAAGCAGCAGAAAGCAAGUGCAGAGACAAAGUUCAGCAGUCAGCAGGAUGAACUCCAACAGAUCUGCAAGCUACAGCUAACAGCUUUGACAGUAACUCCAGGAGUAGAUCUGUAAUAGGUCCAGCAGCAUAUUUGUAGCAGCUCCAACAAUAGAUUUGCAGUAGAUCU